ACACAACUAAAACAACAAACGCUGCACUUAUUCGUGACGGUGUAAAUUCAACGGUAAAGCAGAAAUGAAAUGCACUAAAAAUCUAUAAACAUUCUGUUUGAGCCAAACGUCGAGUGAGAACUAAAUUCUCAAGCGCCGGAUGCAUGUGCGGCAAACUCGUGCAAUGAUGCCGUUGCAGGCACUGCAUUAGGCAAUAACUCAAAAUGCACUCAGUCUUGCUUUGCCUCUGCCUAUUCACAAUCUCAUGCAGCGCACAAUUUUAUUUCCAUCAACCAGUGCCACUGCCCUAUCAACAACAUCAAUACCUGCAAUAUACCACUUCACCACCAGAUUUCAAACCCAUAUCGGAGCCCAAUCAGGAGGGCCCACCGCAUCCCUCAGUUGUAGCCAAUGCUGAGCGGGAGUCACUAUUACCACCUGAAUUGUCGAAGAGUCGGCGCUUCUAUAGCAAUCCCCGUAUUGCCGCUGCACUUGCAAAAGAAUCACUACUGACACCCAAAGAGAUGGCCGUAAUCGAUCGAGAAGCAGAAAAAAUCGAUCGCAAUCAAAUUUAUAAAAUCUUCCAUAAUGCCGGUUGGGCGUAAAGGACACUUAUUGUAAAUUAAGUAAGCGUUCGCUCAAUUUAGAACGAAGUGUUUUGCGUCGCGUGUGUUUUGUUUUUGUUGUUAAUCUCUUGCCAAUUAC